AUGCAAAGCACAUCUUCUUCUUCUGAUAUACAAAAUGAGGUCAAUUCUGUUAUCAACCAUAAAAUUACCCUGUCAGAACCAAUGCUUACUAAUCAAGCAGAAAAUACCGAAAUAAAAAUUCCAUACAACAAAAGAGUAGAGCAAGUCUUAAGACACGAUUUAUCUGUAUUCAUUAAAGAAAAUAUUAAUAAUAAAGUUAGUGAAGUAUUUGAUAUACAAAUUCCUGAAUUCUCGCUAGAAGUAAUUAUAACAGGAUCCAGCAAAAUUACAGCACAAUAUAUAGCCGAUUUAUUUAUAAUAGCAAUGAAAGUUAGACAAAAAGAGAUUUUGUGCUGGUAUUGUUACUAUAAAGCAUAUGAGGAUCGAAUUGAAGAUAUUAAGUGUAUAAAUAAAAUUGAUGACCAAUCAGCAAGAACAUUGGUAUACAAUGAGAUAAAAACACUUCUCCCAGAUAUUACUGAUGUAAAUUUGCGUCAAAGAACAUUCAGAGCGAAAAAAAUUUAUACGCUACUUAUAGGAAUAGGAAUAGAAAAAAUUCAAGCAAUAACAUGUAGUGCAAGUGCAAUUUCGAGUUUGACUGACAACCAGAUUCAAGAUAUUAUAAAAUGUUUUCCUAAAAAUUCUAUUAAUGUAGAUGCUAGAUGUCAAAAAAUGAUCGGCGUUACAAAUUGUAACGCGCACGUGACUGAAAGAAAUUUAUCAGAAACUAUAGUAAAUAAGGAAACCAAGAAAACUUUACCGGAAACGGAGGUAAAUACUACACAUAACCGUGCCGAUUUCCGUAAUAAAAUGGCAGAACAAUAUCCUGAUUUAUAUUGGGAAGGUAGUGAUGGAAACGAUGAUUAUUAUGGAAUUACUGAUGAAUCUUUAUGCCCGCUAUGCAAGUUAGAUCAUUAUGAGGAUUAUG